CUGGCCUCCAACCGCGGCACGCUCAUGGAGCUGGGCAUCAGCCCCAUCGUGACCUCGGGCCUCGUCAUGCAGCUGCUGGCCGGCUCCAAGAUGAUCGAGGUGGACCAGUCGCUCAAGGAGGACCGCGCGCUGUUCAGCGGCGCGCAGAAGCUCUUCGGCAUCCUCAUCACGCUCGGCGAGGCCGUGGCCUACGUGGUCUCGGGCAUGUACGGCAACAUCUCGGACAUCGGCGCCUUCAACGCCAUCCUGAUCAUCGUGCAGCUGCUGUGCGCCGGCGUGCUCGUGAUCAUCCUGGAUGAGAUGUUGCAGAAGGGCUACGGCCUCGGCUCGGGCAUCUCGCUCUUCAUCGCCACCAACAUCUGCGAGAACAUUGUGUGGAAGGCCUUCUCCCCCACGACCAUCAACACUGGCCGCGGCACGGAGUUCGAGGGCGCCAUCAUCGCUCUGUUCCACCUGCUGAUUACCCGCUCGGACAAGCUACGCGCGCUCAAGGAGGCCUUCUACCGCCAGAACCUGCCCAACAUCACCAAUCUGCUGGCCACCAUGUUCGUCUUCGUCGUGGUCAUCUACUUCCAGGGCUUCCGCGUGGACCUCCCCGUCAAGUACCAGAAGCUCCGCGGCCAGCAGGGCACGUACCCCAUCAAGCUCUUCUACACGAGCAACAUGCCCAUCAUCCUGCAGACCGCCCUGGUGUCCAACCUGUACUUCAUCUCGCAGCUGCUCUACAAGAAGUUCAGCGGCAACUUCCUCGUGCGUCUGCUCGGUGUGUGGCAGGACGUGGAGGGCAGCGCUGGCCAGACGGUGCCCGUAGGCGGUGCCGCGUACUACAUGUCGGCCCCCAGCAACCUGGCGCAGAUCAUGUACGACCCGCUGCGCUUCGUCAUCUACGUCAUCUUCAUCCUUGGCUCGUGCGCGCUCUUCUCCAAGACGUGGAUCGAGAUCUCGGGCUCGUCGGCUCGUGACGUGGCCAAGCAGCUGCGCGACCAGCAGAUGGUCAUGAAGGGCCACCGCGACUCGUCCAUCGUGCACGUGCUCAACCGCUACAUCCCCACGGCCGCUGCCUUUGGCGGCAUGUGCAUUGGCGCGCUGUCCAUGGUUGCUGACCUGCUGGGCGCCAUCGGCUCGGGCACCGGUAUCCUGCUGGCUGUGACCAUCAUCUACCAGUACUUCGAGACGUUCGCACGGGAGCAGGCGGAGAUGCCGCUCAGCGGCCUCUUCGGCUUCUAAGCGCCUCACUCUAGCGCUGCGACGCAUCUAUAAGUCAUCUGGACUUGCAGAGCAGCCCGCGCAGCCGACCAGCAUCGACAACGACAACCAAAGGAGAGGAGAGGACGCACUUCCCAACAGGGUGUGUUUGUUCCCGUUCAAGGAGUACUAUCAGGUGCUCUUUGCUGAAUUAAUAGUAGAAUUUGGUUAGGAUCAUCAGCAAAAGUUGAGCGACCGAGGUGAGAGGUCCUUCCCCGCUGCCUGGUUCGGAGACGAGCGAGGCGGACGUCAUCUCGGCUGCUCUUAGGUGCGCGAUGGGAUCGUGGGUCCUCUCGCUCCUUUGGGGACGUUGAAGGUGUAGCUCGGGUGUGCGGCGCGCUCGGAUGACAGAGCAGCUUUACAUAAAGCAAAAGAAAAUCUUUGUUUAACAU